AUGAAUGCUGAGUUUCCAGACCUACCUUACUAUACUUCAGUAAGAUGGCUUAGCUAUGGAAAAAUUCUGGCUAGAUUUUUUGAGCUUCGAACUGAAAUUGAAAUAUUUUUAAAUGAGAAAAACCAUUCACAGGUGUUGCUCAAAGACAUUGAAUGGCUCUGGAAAUUAGCAUUUUCAGCCGAUUUAACUAUGCAUCUCAAUGAUUUCAACCUACGGAUACAAGGUGAAACUUCACUCAUCUGUGAUUUGUACUCAAAGGUGAAAGCUUUUCGUAAGAAAUUAAUACUAUUUGAAAGUCAGUUAACAAGAAGCUGCUUUACUCAUUUUUCACGAUGUGACAAAUAUAGACAGGAAGCUGCCACUCCAUUUCCAAACUUGUUUGCUCAAGAUGUCAUUUUAGCUUUGAAACAACAGUUUGAAGAACGUUUUUCUGAUCUUGAUGCAUGUUCUUCAAAACUAAGAAUUUUUGAAAAUCCAUUUAACUCUGUUAUUGGAGACUUACCUUCUGAGUUACAAAUGGAAGUUAUUGAUUUGCAAUCCAAUGACAUCCUGAAGGACAAAUAUAAAGAGGGAAAUUUGAUUGAAUUCUACAAAUGCCUUCCAUCCGACCAAUUUCUUCAUUUAAGGAGGUUUGCCUGUGAAUUCAUUUCAGUUUUUGGCACCACAUAUUUGUGUGAGAAGACUUUUUCAAAGAUGACAUACACAAAAUCCUGCUACAGAUCACAAUUGUCUGAUGAACAUUUAAAUGCAUUGCUUGUUAUUGGAACCACUCAUUUUGAACCUCAGUUGGACAAAAUUUUGUCAGAAAUGAAACAAUUUCAUGUUUCCCCUAUUGAUCAAAGUUAA